GCUGCUGGUCCAUUGAAAGUUAAAACUACAGUUUUGAAAGGAAACAGAUCAUAUUCCAACUAAAGAGUAGCAGAAUGGGCAUUCAAGACGAAUCAAGUUCCACAUCAUUAACAGCCUUUCAGCAGCAUUUAAAAGGGUUUGUUGCUGGUGCUCUUGCAGCUUGUGGUGCCGUUACAUUCACCAAUCCUUGGGAGGUAGUCAAGACGCGGCUUCAACUCCAAGGUGAGCUACAAGCCCGGCUCGCUAAAGGCACAAAUGCUCCCCCAAAACAAUAUCCCAACGCCUUUUCUGCGUUUGGGCGGAUUUUUAAAGCCGAAGGAUUCAAAGGGAUUCAAAAAGGAUUGGCUCCUGCCUACAUUUAUCAAACGCUGUUGAAUGGCACCCGGUUGGGAUUGUACGAUCCACUCAAGGCUGUAAUUCAGUCAAGCGUGGAUUAUGCUGCGUUGAGUUUGAGUAAUGGGGAAAAGGUGAAUACGCCUAUUGCACCUGCAUUUGCUAUGGUUACUUCUGGAGCCAUGUCGGGUGUUUUGGGUGCAUUUAUUGCGUCCCCGCUGUUUCUGAUCAAAACGCGAAUGCAAUCGUACACUAAAGGAAGUAUUUUGGCUGUUGGUCACCAGCAUAGCUACGUUACAAAGGGAACGCUGCAUUCUUUAGCGACUGUAUAUCGUCAAGGUGGUAUCAAGGGAUUGUGGCGUGGUGUUGAUGCAUCCAUGAUGCGAACUGGUGUGGGAUCAGCAGUACAACUUUCUAGCUACGAUGGAUGUAAGCAGGCUUUGCUUCAAAGUGGAUGGUUUGACGCGGUACAUGACGGUCAUGGUGGAAUUGCUCUGCACUUUAUGGCCAGUCUUGCUACCAGUCUUUUGGUUUGUAUUGCCAUGAAUCCGUUUGAUGUUGCCAGCACCCGAAUGUAUAAUCAACACUCUACAGCCGAUGGAAAGACUGGAUCAUUGUAUAAAAGCGGCUUUGAUUGCUUGGUAAAGACUGUACGCGCUGAAGGGGUGUCUGCUCUUUACAAGGGAUUUUUUGCUCACUAUCUUCGUAUUGGGCCUCAUACCAUCUUCACAUUUGUGUUUUUGGAACAACUUCGAGCUGCUGCUGCCAAAAUUGAAUCACAUUUCUUAUAAUGGUCCACCUUUUAACUUUUGUACCAACUGUUUUCAAAACGGCCUCAUUUUUGCAAUAUUGCUGAUCAGAUUCAAAUACAUAUGUUUAUUGACUCUG